AUGGCGCCAGGUAUCCUUGCGGGUUCGGUCGUUAACGAUACAACAACGCCCUCGGUUAUACCAGAAAGACAACAGGCGGCGACAGACAAGGCGACUGACAGGCUGUUCUCACUAAAAAACACAACUACAAUCGUCACAGGAGCUGGACGAGGACUGGGAAUCAUUUUGGCCCGUGCCAUAGCAGAGGCUGGUGGCCACGUCGCCUGCCUGGACAUCUUGCCUCAACCUGCAGAAGCAGAAUGGCGCCACUUGGAAAGUAUGGCAAAAGCGUCUCAGCUCAGUGUAUCAUAUCAUUGUUGCGAUAUCACGAAUGACGAAGAGUUGCAAGAGGUUUUCUCAUCAAUAAGCGAGGAGGCGCAAGCGCGUAAUGCUCCUCUCCAGGGCACAGUGGCUUGUGCCGGAAUUCAACAAAAAUUACCAGCGCUAGAGUAUCCAGCAAGAGAUUUCGAGAAAAUUUUGGGUGUCAACGUUACCGGUGCCUUCUUGACCGCCAAGAAUGCGGCGAAGAUCAUGGUUGCGACCGGAACGCCAGGUAGCAUAGUGUUGAUCGCUUCGAUGUCUGGCAAUAUUGCCAAUCGAGGACUCACGUGUACAGCGUACAAUGCGAGUAAAGCCGCCGUUCGGCAGAUGUGCCGAUCGCUUUCACAAGAAUGGGGCCAAUAUGGCAUUCGUGUCAACACAUUAUCGCCAGGGUAUAUUCGCACGGCCAUGACCGACGCUCUCCUCCAAGCUGAACCCGAUGUUGAGAGUACAUGGAUGGCCGGGGCGCUUCUCGGAAGGCUGGGAACUCCCGAGGAUUUCAAAGCGCCAAUAGUGUUUCUGCUGGCUCAAGGCAGUAGUUUCAUGACAGGAGCUGAUCUCAGAGUUGAUGGAGGUCAUUGUGCGACCGCGGUUCAGGGUACAGAAACCGAUGUCAAUGAUACCCCUGAAGGCAUCCCUACGUCCGAGGUCCUCGAUAACGCCGACUUCAGUAGACACAUCGGUAAAUACAAACGGCGGCGCACUAUCGCUGAGGUCGCACCCGAUGAUAAGUAUCAAGAGCAACUGCAUGAAUUACAGCAGGGGACGCUUGUUGCCCCACAAUCUCCGACAGAUGCCCACCCUAACUUCCAGACAAGUCCCUUUUCCAACUCGAUAAUGCAAUUACCUCAACACAGCUCCUGGAUUCCUUUACCGCACAACCAGACCUAUGAAGACGUAGAAAACACUGCCUUUGCGAGUGAAGCGCUCUUUGGACUCAAAGAGGCAGAUUUCCAGUUUUCACCAGGCACCACCACUGAUGACGGGGUGUUUCUGCCAGGCUCAAGAUACCAGGCCCUUCACAACACAUUGCGCAGCCAAGUCUUUCUAACUGCGCAGUCCGUGGAACCGAGCCGUGAGGCCAGCCCCUCGCGGAAUGUAUCGUUUAACGAUACGACGAAUCCAACUGUUGCGAGUCAGCCGAAUGCUGCAGCAUUCACCCUUGGCGUGUCUGCUGGAUCAGAAGAGAUUUCGGAUACAAACAUUGUCCUAACAGCUCAACAAGAGUACAUUCUAUGGAAGAACUGGAUUGACGAGAUCUCUGCUUGGCUCGACAAAUUCGACAUCCAUAAGCACUUUCGCCAUACUAUUCCCACCAUCGCAAAGAAAUCAUCACAUCUCCGCUAUGCCAUGCUAGCGCUGAGCUCACGGCAGCUCGAAAGAAAAAAUGGGUCGUUCCCGGCCGCUACAAGUCUCAUGUUAUAUCAGCAGGCAAUCCAUAAAUUGCUUCCAGAAAUGCAUACUAAAGAUGUCUCUGUCGUGGCUUCGUGCGUAAUACUCUGUGUGCUGGAAAUGUUAAGCUGUUCGCCCAAAGCGUGGCGACGUCACCUGGAUGGGUGUGCCUGCUUACUUAGAGCAAUGAAUAUCCGUGGUGAUAGUGGUGGGGUUGAGCAAGCACUUUUCUGGUGCUUCGCAAGGAUGGAUGUUUGCGGAGGUCUCAUCUCCACCGAACGAACACUGAUUCCCAUCGAUGAGUGGAUGACCACCUCUUCCUUUGAGAUGGACUGUGCCCACUUCUGCACUCCUAAGCCUUUCGAGGACCAUGCUAAUUACGCCUGCUAUCUUUUGGGUCGCGUGUUACAUUUUUUAUUCGGUGCCUCGAGACAGGAAGAAAAGAAUUCUCUCACCACUUAUAACAAAGGUCAAGUUGAAACCCUUGAAACAUGGGUCUCUCUUUUCACUCGCAUAGAAGACUGGUACACUCAUCGUCCUCCUGAGAUGCAAGAAUUAUUGUACCAGAGUGCCAGUUCGAAGAAGGAGGAUCCUCAGUCACCUUUUCCCACCAUCUUAUAUGGAAGCGGUGCGGCCAUCUCUGGCAACCAAUUACACCACACCGCAGCGCUUCUUAUGCUGCAAAGGAUACCACGGAAAGUGGCGAAAAAACCCAGAUCUAUGCUUUGGCAUGCACGUCAGAUAUGUGCAAUCUCCAUGUCUAACACCCAUCAUGGGUGCUGGACAAACAGCGUGCAACCCCUGUGGCUUGCAGGCCAAUUGAUGUCACAUCACGCUGAACAUCGAGCAAUCAUUGAAAUCUACGAGCGGAUCGAACGUGACACCGGCUGGGGUGCCAUGUGGAGAGCAGACGAUUUGAAACAGCACUGGGGAGACUUGGGUGAUUAG